GGGGCGCGAGAGCAACCCACCGCCAGCCCCCUCCGCGGGAAGUACAGUUCCCAGCAUGCACCGCGGGCCUCCUGCCCUCAUCCUGCUGCGCGCGGGGACUACAGCUCCCAGCAGACCGCGCGCGGCGUCACGGCGGGGGCGGGGAGCAAAACAAACUGCCGCCGGGCGCGGUCGGCUUGAGCCGUAGCCGUUGACUUUUCCCGGCGCGCGCUCGCUCGCUCGCUCGCGAGGCCAGGGGGCCAUGUCUCGCGGGCGGGAGCGCGUGGUGGCGCUGGUGGACAUGGACUGCUUCUUCGCGCAGGUGGAGCAGCGCCGGGAGCCGCGGCUGCGGGGCCAGCCCUGCGCCGUGGUACAGUACGACGCGUGGCGGGGCGGCGGGAUCAUCGCCGUCAGCUACGAGGCGCGCGCCUUCGGGAUCAGCCGGGGCAUGCGGGCGGACGAGGCCCAGAAGCGCUGCCCGCAGCUGGUGCUGGCGCGGGUCCCGGAGGCCUACGGGAAGGCGGACCUCAGCAGAUACCGAGAGGCCAGUGUAGAGGUGAUGAAAGUGAUGUCGCGCUUUGCUGUGAUUGAGCGUGCCAGCAUUGAUGAAGCCUACAUGGACCUGAGUAGCGCUGUGCAAGAGAGGCUCAAAAAGAUGCAAGGGCAGCCUAUCCUAGCAGAGCGGCUGCCAACUACUUACAUCCAGGGACUGCCAAAUGUCUCUACAACAGCAGCAAAGAAUAAGAGUGUGGAUUGCAAAGAGGAUCUGCGGCAGUGUGGCUUGCACCAAUGGCUUGAGUCGCUGCCUUUUGCUGACAUCAGCUGUCCAGAGCUGCAGCUGACAGUAGGAGCAGUAAUUGUGGAGGAAAUGAGGGCAGCUGUGGAAGCAGUUACUGGACUGAGGUGUUCAGCUGGGAUUUCACACAACAAGGCACUGGCAAAACUGGCCUGUGGGCUGAACAAGCCCAACCGCCAGACGCUGGUAUCCCAGGGAUCUGUCUCACAGCUCUUCAGCCACAUGCCCAUCAGCAGCAUCCGGCACCUGGGAGGGAAGCUGGGUGCCUCCAUCGCAGACGUACUGGGAGUGGAGUACAUGGGGCAGCUGACCCUAUUCAGCGAGUCACAGCUCCAAACUCACUUCGGAGACAAGACUGGGUCCUGGCUCUAUGAUCUGUGCAGAGGAAUUGAACAGGAACCUGUGAAACCUAGGCAAUUGCCUAAGUCCAUUGGAUGCAGCAAGAAUUUCCCUGGGAAAGCAGCCUUGACCACUCAGAAGCAGGUGCAGCACUGGCUCCUGCAGAUGGCCUUGGAGCUAGAGGAGAGACUGAGCAAGGACAGAGACCAAAACUGCCGGGUGGCCAAACAGCUGACUGUGAGCAUCCGCAUGCUAGGUGAUCAGCGAGCGAGUGGCCUGUCACGCUGCUGUGCCCUGCCCCGCUAUGACGCCCACAAGAUCAGCAGUGAUGCCUUCAUGAUCAUCCGAAACUGCAAUGUGGCUGGAGCCCAGCAGGCUGCAUGGUCCCCUCCGCUUACAUUUCUGCAUAUCUACGCAAGCAAAUUUUCUGAGGCUCCCACGCUCUCUCCUGCAGGCAUUGCUGCCUUCCUGACCAGUGAUGCCCAGUGUACCCUGCCAGCUGGCACCAAUGCAACCAGCCCAAAUGUCAAGUGCACUGGGAGCCCAAGAAAAGAGCCCAGCAAGAAGCCCAUCAAUGCUAUUGAGUCCUUUUUCCGGAAGGCAGCAGAAAGGCAGCGAGCCCGUGUGGCCACAGGGCCCUGCCUGCCUAGUGUCCCCAGUGCAGAGGCAGAGUUGUCAGUGCCUGAUCCCUGUGGCCAGAGUGAGAGAGACGGUCUCAUCCUCGGCAAGAGUCAGACUCCAGAAGCCCUUGCGAGGCACAGUCCCAAGGAUGGCAGCUCCCCUUCCCCAUACAGACUGCUUCCCUCUGAGGAGUUGCUCCCUUAUCCUGCAGAAACGCCCUCUGCUGACCCAGCCUCUAGGAGCACUCUGAAAACAGAAUCAGCUGGAACAGCUGCUUCCCAGCUCCCUGAGUGGAAGGAGCAGAGUUUGCCAUCUUCUGCUGGGUUUUCACAAGGCCCUGCCAGCUCACCAGACCAGCUGCACUGUGAAAAGUGUGGCCAGCAGGUGCCAGUGUGGGAGCUCCUGGAGCACAUGGACUAUCACUUUGCUGUGGAGCUGCAGAGCUCCUUCUCUGAACCCAGCCCCCUCAGGGCCCCUGCUGCUGCUUCCAGUUCUCCUGCCAAGAGCAAAAGCAAAGCCAAGAGCCCUGGUGGCUCCAGUGCAAAGCGACCCAGGCAAGGAGUGACCAGGACUCUGGAGUUCUUCUUUAAACGGCUGCCCCCCUAGGAGCUCCAGGACCAUUUUAGCCUGAAGUUGAGUGAUUUGUGAAGUUUUUAUCCUUUCUGUAAAGAACUUUUAUCCAAAGAUUGCAUAAUAAAUGUCUGGAACCUAA